CUCCAAUACAUAUUUGAGCAUUUCUCGGGAUAAAUCACAAGCGCUUCUACCGCCCCCGCUCUCUCCCGCGGAACUGCAAGGGAAAGGGAAGCUUGGCCCUCGGGACGUCCCGUAGUCUGCGGAUGACGAAAAGAAAGAUGGCGCCUCCCACAGGCCGCCCCACGUGCUUUUUCCGGACCGAGCUGACGGUGGCACCGGUUACCGGAAGUGAAGCUUUGGGUCCCGUUCGGUGAAAAGCCGCUGCGGAUCCGAGAGCGAGAAAGACGGAUCUCCCCGGCCGCCAUCAUGUCUGGAAGAAAUAACAACAAGCUGCCCAGCAACCUGCCGCAGCUGCAGAACCUGAUCAAGCGGGACCCCACGGCCUAUGUCGAAGAGUUUAUGCAGCAGUAUAAUCACUACAAGUCCAAUGUGGAAAUUUUCAAAUUACAACCAAACAAACCCAGCAAAGAACUGGCUGAAUUGGUGAUGUUCUUGGCCCAGGUUGGCCACUGUUAUCCAGAACAUCUCGUUGACUUCCCCCAACAGCUGAAGGAACUUCUUUCUUACAACCACACGGUCUUGGAUGCAGGUCUUCGAAUGACAUUUUGCAAAGCUUUGAUGUUGCUGAGAAACAGGAAUCUCAUCAAUCCAACCAGUUUAUUAGAGCUGUUCUUUGAACUUCUGCGUUGCCAUGAUAAGCUUCUGCGAAAGACUUUGUAUACUCAUAUUGUGACCGAUAUCAAGAAUAUUAAUGCCAAACACAAGAACAAUAAAGUGAACGUUGUGCUGCAGAACUUCAUGUACACCAUGCUGAGAGACAGCAAUGCCACGGCUGCCAAGAUCUCUCUGGAUGUGAUGAUCGAGCUGUACAGGAGAAACAUCUGGAAUGAUACCAAAACUGUCAAUGUGAUCACAACUGCAUGCUUUUCUAAAGUGACUAAGAUACUGGUUGCCGGUUUAAAAUUCUUCCUUGGUAAAGAUGAAGAUGAGAAACAAGACAGUGAUUCCGAAUCUGAGGACGAUGGGCCCACAGCAAGAGAUUUGCUUGUUAAAUAUGCCACAGGAAAGAAAACGUCGAAACACAAAAAGAAAUUGGAAAAGGCCAUGAAAGUCUUGAAAAAACAAAAGAAGAAGAAGAAGCCAGAGGUGUUUAAUUUCUCAGCUAUUCAUUUGAUUCAUGAUCCCCAAGAUUUUGCAGAGAAGCUUCUGAAGCAGCUGGAGACCUCUAAAGAGAGAUUCGAAGUCAAGAUGAUGCUCAUGGACCUUAUCUCCAGAUUAGUGGGAAUUCACGAGCUCUUUCUUUUUAACUUCUAUCCCUUCAUACAGCGGUUCCUCCAACCCCAUCAGAGAGAGGUGACAAAGAUUCUUCUCUUUGCUGCCCAAGCAGCCCAUCAGCUUGUACCCCCUGAGAUUAUCGAGUCCUUGCUAAUGACUGUGGCCAACAAUUUUGUCACCGACAAGAACUCUGGGGAGGUUAUGACUGUUGGAAUCAACGCCAUAAAAGAGAUAACAGCUCGAUGCCCUCUGGCCAUGACUGAAGACCUUCUCCAGGAUCUGGCCCAAUACAAAUCCCAUAAAGACAAGAAUGUGAUGAUGUCCGCUAGAACCUUGAUUCAGCUCUUCCGAACCCUGAAUCCACAGAUGUUGCAGAAAAAAUUCAGGGGCAAACCCACCGAGGCUUCGGUAGAAGCAAGAAUCCAAGAAUACGGCGAGUUAGACGCUAAAGAUUACAUUCCAGGGGCUGAAGUUCUCGAUGUGGAGAAAAAGGAGGCGGAUGAAGAAGAUGACGAUGAUGGGUGGGAAAGCGCCAGCCUCAGUGAGGAUGACGAUGAAGAUGGCGAGUGGGUCCAGGUGCACCAUUCCUCCGAUGAAGAGCAACAGGAAAUAGCUGAGAAGCUGAAGAGUGUGCCGGUGGAGGAGCGAAAGGCCAAGGCGGCUGCGGUCAGCACCAGCCGGGUUCUCACCCAAGAAGACUUCCAGAAAAUCCGCCUCGCUCAGCUGAGGAAAGAAAUGGAUGCUGCCCCAGGGAAGUCCCAGAAGAGGAAGAAUUUUGACAUAGACAGUGAAGAGGAAGAGAGGGGGGAGUUGCUUUCCUUGAGGGACAUCGAACAUCUCCAUAAAAAACCCAAGUCUGACAAAGAGACGAGACUGGCAACCGCGAUGGCUGGGAAGACAGACAGAAAAGAAUUUGUGAAGAAGAAAACCAAGCUGAACCCAUUUGCUAGUUCGACAAAUAAAGAAAAGAAAAAGCAGAAGAAUUUUAUGAUGAUGAGGUACAGCCAUAACAUCCGCUCCAAAACAAAACGUUCCUUCAGAGAAAAGCAGUUGGCUCUACGGGAUGCACUUUUGAAAAAGAGGAAAAAGCUAAUGAAGUAACCAUCACACGGGAGUGACAAAGUGCUGUUUUUGCAGUAUUGCUUUGGAAAGGCAGGGGCCUUGUUGACGACGGAAUGGGAGCUCCAUACAUGGGAAGGUGUAGAAUCACAGAACCUCUGAGCCGGAAGAGGCCUCGGGAGCCAGCCAUCCAGCCCAACUCCUACCCAUCCUGACCACUGGUCACUCUGCCUGUGCUUAUUGAUCCCCAUGGAGAGGGUGCUCUUAUUAACUGCACAAAAUGUUGCACUAGUUAAAAGUAUUUUUAUUUUGGAGAUGAAAAAUUACCAAUAUCUGUAAAAAAAUUGACAAAAAAGAAAUAAUUUAUUUGUCCAAUGGACAUGUAUUUCAUUAGUCAGCCCAGGAUAGUGUGGUGCUGAUGACAAUGCUGGUCUGAGCCCUAACUUGGUGAACCGCUUUGUGUUUGCCCAGUGAGUCUGGUGACUGACCUACACACAUUUGGGCAGACUACUACAAUUCAUGCCAAAGGGUUAAAUUUUUUUUUAAUAAACAUAAGGAAAUGCUUGUUGGUGAAUUAAAGCAAAUUGGUGAAUAAUUUACUUUAAAAAAAAUAAACUGAAUUGUACAUAAUUGUCUUGAA